AUGGUUUACAUUGGGAUCCCCAAGAAUUAUACGGCGUCGCCGUCUUCCUUCGCAGGAACACCGUCCUUGACCAUCAAUUAUGAGGCAACCCAGGAUCUCGACUCUUGCAAUGCCUUUGAAGGCCCAGAGAAACUGCUGGAAGUGUGGUUCGCUCCCUCCGCCCAGGAACUCGGCCCCGCGCAGCCUGCGGGCUUGAAAGCUGUGCCCGAGGAAAUCUGGAAGGACAUGCUGGAUCUCGUCAACUGCCAAGUUUUGUCCAUUGUGUCGUCUGAGGAUGUGGACGCCUAUUUGCUUUCGGAAUCCAGCAUGUUCGUCUGGCCGCACAAGUUGAUCCUCAAGACCUGUGGAACGACCACCCUACUGUCGGGCCUGCCGCGCAUCCUCGAGAUUGCCGCCUUGUUCGGCGGAUUCCCCAAGUCCACGGCUCCCUCCCGCGGGAUUUCUGUUGCCGCUGCGCCGUACCGCGUGUUCUACAGCCGCAAGAACUUCCUCUUCCCGGACCGUCAGCGCGGCCCUCACCGCAGCUGGAGGGAUGAGGUCCGCACCAUGGACCGGCUGUUCCUUAACGGCAGUGCCUACAUGAUUGGCAAGAUGAACGGCGAACAUUGGUACCUGUACCUGACCGAGCCCCACACCCUGCUCACCCCCCCGACCACCCCCGGGGUGAAGACCGAGUUCCACGAAACCGAGACUCGGGUGCUGAGCCUCCCCGAGAGUGCUGCUCUUCAGGCGGCGGACUCGCAGGACGAUGAGACCCUGGAAGUGCUGAUGACCGAUCUGGAUGCGGAGAAUGCCAAGCAGUUCUACCUCGAGCAUGCGACCUCUGUGGCGGAGACCCGUUUCAACAAAUUCGAUGCGGACGAGGGCGACCACGUGGAUGUGUUCAGCAACACUUCCUCCGACAUGAGCGACAUCGACUCGGAGGAAAGCCGCGUGCUACCUCCCGAACUGACCACCGAGGGCCACGCGCUGGGAACCGUGGUCUCCGAUGCCUGCGGUCUGUCGGACGUGUAUCCCAAGGAGAUGUAUCCCGACUCGCGGAUUGACGCCUAUCUGUUCACUCCCUGCGGCUUCUCGGCCAACGGUGUGAUUCCGCCACCCAAUGGCAAAGCGGGAACCCACUACUUCACCGUGCACGUCACCCCGGAGCCCCAUUGCUCGUACGCCUCGUUCGAGACCAAUGUGCCGCACUCGCAGAACGGCCAGACGACCGCUGGCAUCAUCAAGCAGGUGGUCGACAUCUUCAAGCCUGGUCGUUUCAGCGUGACGCUCUUCGAGACCAAGCCCGUGGUGGCCCAUGUGGACGACGACUGGAAGGAAGCCAAGUACCUGGAGCGCCAGGCUGCUCGCCGGGCGGCGCGAAUGGAGCAUGUAGAGGGAUACCGACGGGUGGACCGGAUUGUCCACGAUCUUGACGGCUAUGAGCUUGUGUUCCGUUACUACGAACGCCUGGACUGGAAAGGGGGGGCCCCUCGGCUGGGAGAAGAGAAAUUUUGA